AUGGGAACCUGGCUCAAGCCUGCACUUGAGGAAAUCGGCAUCCCCUCGAUCCAGGACUUUAACAGUGGAUCUCUUCUCGGAGCACAAUGGGCAUCUGCUACCAUCGACCCAGCCUCUCAGAAUCGGGAGUCGAGUCAGACAUCCUUCUUGAAAGAUGCCGAGGGUAGAAGCAACCUAAAGGUCUACACGGGCACCCUAGCCAAGAAAAUUGUCAUCAACUCAGAGAAGAGGGCAACCGGCGUGUCCGUGAGCACCAAUCUUGGUCUCACGACCUUCACAAUCAACGCGCGCAAGGAAGUCAUCCUGUCCGCUGGCGCUUUCCAAAGCCCGCAACUCCUGAUGGUCUCCGGCAUCGGGCCUCGCGCUGAGCUGGACAAGUUCAAGAUCCCUGUUGUUGCCGAUCGCCGCGGCGUCGGACAGAGCAUGGAAGACCACAUCUUCUUCGGCCCCACCUUUCGUGUUAAAGUCCAAACCCUCACUCGCCUCGCAAACGAUCUCAUUUAUACCGGCACCCAGUUCCUCGGCCCCUAUAGUAUUAACAAGCAGGGGCCGCUCACCAAUAAUGUCUGUGACUUUCUCGGCUGGGAGAAAAUCCCCCGUAAGCUCCUCACUGCUGCUGAUGGGGCUAUUCUCGACAACAAAUUCCCAGCAGACUGGCCAGAACUUGAGUAUAUCAACGCUCCCGGUUAUGUCGGUGCCUUCAGCAAUCUCUUCGCCACGCAGCCCAAGGACGGGUAUCAGUAUGCCACAGUCCUCGGCGCCCAAGUUGCCCCUCUGUCCCGAGGAACCGUCACCCUCGCCUCGUCAGACACCAAGGAUCUGCCCAUCAUCGACCCAAAGUGGCUCACGGACCCCACGGAUGUCAGCGUUGCUAUCGCCACCUAUAAGCGCAUCCGCGAGGCUUUUGCAACCAAAGCCAUGAGAGGCGUGCUCACUGACACGGAAGAGUAUUUUCCUGGGCCGGGCGUUAAGACGGACGAGCAGAUACUGGAGACGAUCCGAAAGACGGCCAUGACGGUGUGGCACGCCUCGUGCACCUGUCGCAUGGGCAAGAAGGACGACCCCAACGCGGUCGUAGAUCCCAGUGCGAAAGUCAUUGGUGUCUCUGCGCUGAGGGUCGUAGACGCAAGUAGUUUCGCGCUGCUGCCGCCGGGGCAUCCGCAGAGCACUAUAUAUGCACUUGCAGAAAAGAUCUCAGCUGAGAUCCUUAGUGGUAAAUAGUUUUCCUUAGCAUACAUGGAAAACCCGUUCAAAUGGCCAAAUAUUUCGUCAGAC